AUGAGUCUCUCAUCUAGUAUCCGCGCUGUACGCGCCUAUUCACGCAACGCGGACAAUGCCUAUACCGCCAACACCAGCAAGUUUGCAGCCCGCAUGGGCGAUGUACUGGCGCGGACAUGGGAUUUGGGUUUCACAGCGUUCGGCGGACCGCCUGUACAUUUCCAGAUUGCCCAUCGCAGGUUCGUGGAAGGGACGCACGGAAGAAUUCCCUGGAUCGACGAACGAGUGUACCAGGAGCUAUUUGCAAUCUGCCAAGCGCUCCCUGGCCCAGGUUCUACGAAGAUGCUCUUCUGCAUCGUGAACCUACACGCAGGCAUCGUUCCCGCAAUCAUCACCUUCUUGCUAUGGAGUCUUCCAGGAGCGAUAGGGAUGUUCGGUCUAGCUCUUGGCGUGCAGCAGAUCGAUGAAGUGCUUCCGGCACCAGCUUACGCGUUCUUAUCUGGUCUGAACGCUUCCACGGUUGGCAUCGUGGCGCUCGCCGCUGUGCAGCUUGCCGAGAAAGCUAUCAAAGACCGCCUGACUCGUGUUCUGGUGAUCUUUGGCGCAACAUUUGGGAUGUGCUACAGCGCACUUUGGUACUUCCCUCUGCUCAUCGUUGCCGGUGGCAUUGUCACCGUCGUCUGGGAUCUCUGGCUGCAGCAGAGAAUUUCGUCGUGGCGAGCACAACGAGCUGAAAAGAAGCGGCAGGCUAAUACCGCCGCUGUCGCUCCAGAUCCUGGCGCUACCGAAGAAGCGGCGAGCCAGCCUAUCGAGCUACCGGAAAGGACUGUUGGAAAGCCUGGGCCGAUCACCUGCAGUCAUGAAAAGCGUAGACACGCAGCACAAGCCUCGAACCAAGUACAAGCGACCCAAGAGUCAGCUCCUGCUACUGCUAUCGACAGUGAUCGUACUGAUGUUCAGUCUUAUGCAAUCCCCGUGCCGAUUGGUCUCACCAUAAUCGCCGUAUUCUUUGCAUCCUUCAUCGCAAUACUCGUCACUCGUGGCGUACUCACAUCUCCUCCGCGGCCUUUGGACCUAUUCGCAAACAUGUACCUGGCCGGAACCAUAAUCUUCGGUGGUGGACCAGUUGUCAUUCCCCUCUUGCGAGAGUAUGUGGUCGAACCAGGCUGGGUCUCGCCCCGAGACUUCCUGAUCGGCCUUGCGAUCAUACAGGCAUUUCCUGGCCCAAACUUCAACUUUGCCAUUUUUCUGGGCGCACUGGCAGUCUUGGGCACGCCGAACUCGACUGUGCUCGGGGCAUUUAUUGGCUACGCGGGCAUCUUCACUCCUGGAAUCGUACUUGCUGUGGGCUUUCAGAGUCUGUGGGGUGUGUUGCGCAAGCAGCGCGCGGUCACUAGCUUGUUACGUGGUAUCAAUGCCACAGCAGUUGGAUUGGUGUUCACAGCAGUGUAUCGCUUGUGGGAGAUUGGAUACCUGUCGCAAGACGCCUCGAAUGGGCAGAGCUUGGGCAGAGAUCCUUGGUGGGUCGUGGUCACGGCCUUGACUUACGCCAGCAAUGCAUGGUUUGGGGUGCCUCCACCCGUUGCUAUCGUUGCGGGAGGCGUCCUGGGACUAAGUUGGUAUGGCGCCGUCGGAUCAUGA